CGCUGCUAGACCGCCGGGCGCGCCCAAGUGCAGGGGGUGCGGAGCGCGCAGUGCGGACCCUUGCGGGUACCUGCGUAGUCGCCACCAUGUCUCAGGAAGGUGUGGAGCUGGAGAAGAGUGUCAGGCGCCUCCGAGAGAAGUUUCAUGGGAAGGUCUCCUCCAAGAAGGCGGGGACUCUGAUGAGGAAAUUUGGCAGCGACCACACUGGAGUGGGCCGCUCCAUCGUGUAUGGGGUAAAGCAGAAAGACGGACAGGAACUGAGUAAUGACCUGGAUGCCCAGGACCCACCAGAGAACAUGAAGCAGGACCAAGACAUCCAGGCAGUAGCGACCUCCCUCCUGCCGCUAACGGAAGCCAACCUACGCAUGUUCCAACGUGCCCAGGAAGACCUUAUCCCUGCCGUGGACCGGCAGUUUGCCUGCUCUUCCUGUGACCAUGUCUGGUGGCGCCGCGUGCCUCAGCGGAAGGAGGUGUCCCGGUGCAGGAAAUGCCGAAAGCGCUAUGAGCCAGUACCCAGUGACAAGAUGUGGGGCGUGGCUGAGUUCCACUGCCCCAAGUGCAGGCACAACUUCCGGGGCUGGGCACAGAUGGAGUCCCCAUCCCCUUGCUACGGGUGUGGCUUUCCUGUGCAUCCAACACGGAUCCUCCCACCACGCUGGGACCGGGACACGGAUCACCGCAGCACUCACACCCACUCCUGCUCAGCUGCUGACUGCUACAACCGGCGAGAGCCCCACGUGCCUGGGACAUCCUGCGCACACCCCAAGAGCCGGAAGCAGAACCACCUGCCCAAAGUCCUGCACCCCAGCAACCCCCACAUCAGCAGUGGCUCCACUGUGGCCACCUGCCUGAGCCAGGGGGGCCUCCUAGAACACCUGGACAACCUCAUCCUGGAGGACCUGAAGGAGGAGGAGGAAGAGGAGGAGGAGGAGGAGGAGGAGGGCGGGCACAGGGAGUGACCCCUGCCAGGUGCAGACGCAAACCAGACACAGUCUGUAGAUAUUUUGUGUUGUUAUAAAAUAUGAGCUCAAACUGA